CAAACGAAAUAUCUUAGUUGAUUAGUAAGUGGUAAGUAGCCAAAAUUUUAGAAAAUAUUAUGGCUAAGUUUUUUGGGUGAUGCCGAUGUUACGUGCCAGUGGCAGAGAUAAGAGGAUUCCUACCAAUAUCCGUCCUUACAAAGCACAGGGGAACAAAACCGCCGUUUCAGAAUAAGCAGUUUCCCGAGCUGUUUUGUUCAUCUGAAAACCGCUUUCCCUCCUUCCCCAAUCUGUAAAAUUCCACUUCUUCCCGAGGCUUCCCUUGCCUCUCCUUUUUCCGUUCUUGAAGACGCGUUUGAUUUGUACACUACACUCUUCAUCUUUCCCUCAACGUCUCUAUCUCCAGCUUCGCUUCCCCCAUGGCUGUAUAAUUUUUUACUCUGUUUGUUUCUUAAUCGGCGGCGGCUUUUAUGGUAUGGCUUUCCGCAACCAACUCUCUCGGGACCUUCCUCUCCAUUACGGGAACCAAGAAUAGAUUCUCAGCUUGCUCAGUCUCAGAAUGUAGCGGCGAAAUACUCGUCGCUGGGCCACGGUUCUCAGCCCAUAGUCGGCAAUGGAAAAGAGCUUGAUCAGUUCAUGACGCAUUAUGUUUUACUGCUUUGUUCUUUUAAAGAACAACUGCAGCAACAUGUCCGUGUCCAUGCAAUGGAAGCAGUAUACGCCUGCUGGGAAAUUGAGCAAUCUUUGCAAAGCUUGACAGGUGUUUCACCAGGUGAAGGUACGGGUGCUACAAUGUCUGAUGAUGACGAAGACCAAAUAGAUAGUGAUGCUAGUUUGUUUGAUGGAAGUUUUGAGGGUAAUGAUGCUAUGGGAUUUGGUCCUCUUAUCCCAACAGAGAGCGAGAGAUCCUUGAUGGAGAGGGUGAGACACGAAUUGAAGCAUGAACUAAAGAAUGGUUACAAGGAGAAAAUUGUAGACAUAAGGGAGGAAAUUUUACGAAAAAGGAGAGCAGGUAAACUUCCUGGUGACACCACAUCCGUCCUAAAGGCUUGGUGGCAAUCACAUUCAAAAUGGCCAUAUCCUACUGAGGAUGAUAAAGCAAAGCUAGUUCAGGAAACUGGUCUGCAACUGAAGCAGAUAAAUAACUGGUUUAUCAACCAGAGGAAGCGGAAUUGGCACACCAAUCCUUCAACAUCGACAACCUUGAAGAGCAAACGCAAAAGAAGUAAUGCAGGUGAGACAACAGGCAACGAACAUCUCCCAUAGCUCAAGAUAUAAAUCAAACAAAUUCGAAGCAUCAUAACACGAGCAGUUAGUACAAAGGAUGAAACUGGAAAUUAAUUGUGUACUCUGGAGUGAGGCAUGGCAUUAUUCAUAUGCUGAAAAGGAAUGUGAAUGGUGAAGAAGAUGGAUUCUACACACAACAUUAGAGUUUAAAUUUGUGAGGUCUUCCACUUGCUUUAUUGAGAUGUUAAAGAAUUUUUCUUGGCCAGGAAUAGAUGUAUAGUGUAAUUAAUAAGCUGUGUAUGGUUGUUUACCGGCGAUUAUAGAUUUUUCUUGACACGUCUUAGAUAAGAUUCAAGAUUGAGUUGGAAGUUGUAGUCAGUAUGGUAAUAUAUAGCCUUUUAACAGUAUUUUUAUUCUCUGAAAA